GCAUCAUCCAUUGGAUGUUCCGCGCGAUUAUCGCCAUACAUUCCCAUCGGUUUUAUAAAAAUUCCCGAGUGCUCUGUCGUUUUGCCCCCACCGCCAACACAUGCGGCGGUGAUGCGAUCGCGCUGCGCCGCGGAAGUCGCGGUGAAAACGUCGCAUUUCGCCCGAGGGCACCGAAGAGUCGCCGCGCGCUCUCACGAACGCCGGUGACUUGAGUGGCAAACACAGCUGAUUCAACUCGCCGAGGUAAACACAUCGCGAUGCCGUCCUUCCUGCCCAACCUUUUCGACGCCGCUACCGGACUGCUACCUCUGAGCAAAUUCCCAUACUCUGCUGGAAGCACGCCUGAGAUGUUUGCUGUAACGCUCUUGGGCGGCUACAUCGUAACGUCGCUGAUACUCUUCAAAUACCCGCACCUUUUGCAUCGAAGAAAGCAGUUGAAGUUCCCCUGUCGACAUAUCAGCCAUCGCGGUGGAUCGGCGGAGAACUUGGAGAACACAAUCUCAGCUUUCAGACACGCAUUGAAGGUUGGCACAGAGCUCAUAGAACUGGACGUCCAGCUGACAAAAGACGAAAAAGUGGUCGUCUGUCACGACUCCAUCCUGUUGCGGUGUGCAGGUGUAAACAAGAGCAUAUCGGAACUCAACUACGAUGAGUUGCCACCGUUGAAGCCAAGCUUACAGGUUGAUUUCUGCAAUGGUGCACCAAGUCCAGUGUGCGAGGAUCGAAAGAUACCUCUGCUCAGCGACAUUUUUACCCUUUUUCCAAGUGUGCCUGUCAACAUCGACAUCAAGACCAACAAUGACAAGCUUGUGCACAAGGUGCAUGAGCUCAUCAAAGAGUUCAACAGAGAGGACAUCACAGUGUGGGGAAGCUUCCACCAUAGUGUUGCCACCAAGUGUUACAAGCUGAAUCCACGGGUGCCGCUCUACUUUUCGGCACGAUGCGUGGUCUACCUGCUCCUGCUGACCUACAGUGGGCUACUGCCCUUCGUACCACUUAGACAGUCAUGUCUGGAGAUUCUCCUGCCUGCAGUGGCAAAAAGGAAUCCCACAAUGAUGGAACAGCUGAAGCAACCAAAGUCACGGUUCGUCUUUAGGUUACUUGACUGGUUGGUGGUGAGAAAGUUUGUGAUAGAUCAUCUUCGAAAACGAGGCAUUCCGACUUACUUGUGGGUGCUCAACGAAAAAGAAGACUUUGAGAGAGCAUUCGCGAUGGGUGCUGCUGGUGUGAUGACAGAUCGCCCCACGUUACUCAGAGAGUUCCUUGAAGAGAACCCCCGUGUUGGGAGUUGAGGGACAGCAAAAAUCUUGUGCAAGAUUCUCGCUGUGACAAAGAGAACACUUCGCUGCCAAUUUUUUAAAAGCUUUCGUGGGAGGGUGGGAAAACGAGAGUGAAAGUAUUUACGCACAACAAGAAAAAAAAAGAUAUCAGAGAUACGUAGCCAGUCUCGGCCACAUCUACUUUUUCACAUUCGAUAGUACACGACACCCAGGUGCUUCACUUUCUUAGAGGCAGGGUUUUAGCUAAACUCUUCUCGCUCCAUUUUACCCGGUGAAACCACACUUGUUUUUUAACGUCUUCGGGCACCCGAAGCAUUUCCAUCUCCUUUCUUUUAGCUGAAGUUUUAGGGAAGCUUAGUGCAGCUUUCGUUAGUGAUGUUCAUCAAGUCAUUGUGUAGUCAAUCGAACACACGUGAUAUAUAUAUAUAUAUAUUUGCGGGUGCAAAGCAAGGCGCUAUUUAUGUAACAUGUUUGUGUGGAAGUUCCGGUGUCUUGUGGCUGUUCUCGUUAACCAUGCCAAUGUGAAGUUCCGAUUAAUUUAUCGACCUCGUCUUUAUCACGGGCUUCCCAAUCGUCAAAUCGGUGCACACGUUGGCCCUCAGAAACAAUGUGCACGCACACACGUUAGGGCCAUGGCAGACGCUUUAA